UUCACAGGUUCGGUCCAAGUCACAGAGAGGCGUCCAGUUUAAAACACUCCUCCGGCACCGGGACAGUCGGAGCCGCAGUCCGGCGGCGGUCAGUCACGCAGCCAUGGCGACCAUCGCUGUUCGGGUCCAGUUCCUGGAGGACUCGGACCCGUUCAUCUGUACGAACUUCCCCGAACCUCGCAGACCUCCGACCGUGGAUCUGGACGAGAACCUGCCGCUGAACGAGCAGCUCGCCGGGAUCCACGCGCUGCUGGAGGCUCCGCUCAAGCUGGAGGACUGUGGGCUGCAGGUGACUCCGGGCGGCAACUAUCUGGACCUGGACUCGUCUCUGACGGAGCAGAAGGACGACCUGGAGCUCUUCUACCAGGACAUCAACAGGGGCAGGAAGCCGAUCCUGAUCCUGAGGUCUCAGCUAUCAGUGAGGGUUCACGCCAUCCUGGAACGACUGUACAACACCAAAGGUCCGGAGCUGCGACGUUCCCUCUUCUCUCUCAAGCAGCUCUUUGAGGACGACAAGGACCUGGUCCCUGAGUUCGUGGCGUCCGGAGGUCUGACCUGCUUUAUUCACGUGGGAGCAGAAGCGGAUCACAACUACCAGAACUACAUCCUCAGAGCUCUCAGUCAGAUCAUGCUCUUCGUGGACGGGAUGAACGGCGUCAUCAGUCACCCGGAGACGCUGCAGUGGCUCUACACGCUGACGGGAAGCCUGUCUCGUCUGGUGGUGAAAACCUCUCUGAAGAUCCUCAUCGUCUUCGUGGAGUAUUCUGAGCUCAACAGCCCUCUUCUGAUCAGCGCUGUCAAUCAGGUGGACACAAGCCGAGGAAAGAGUCCGUGGAGUCAUGUGACUGAGAUUCUGGGGGAGAAAAACGGUUCCGAUUCUGAGCUGCUGAUGUUCACCAUGACGCUGAUCAACAAGAUCCUGGCGGCGCUCCCGGACCAGGACUCCUUCUACGAUGUGACGGACAAUCUGGAGCAGCUGGGGAUGGAGGCCAUCGUCCACAAGCACCUGAGCAACCAAGGCACCGGCGCGGACCUGCGGGCUCAGUUCCUCAACUAUGAGAACUCUCUGAAGCAGGAGGACGGCGAUGUGGAGGACUCGUCCCUCCUGCGUCGGGAGAGGCGGAAACCUGCCACGGGCGAGAAGGAGAACCGGAAGAACCGGCGCCCAACCUCGGCCAGCCCCUCGCCGUGCCCUUCUCCGACCCCUUCGUCCCUUCUCUCGCCUGCCAGUCCCAGGGCGACCCCCCCGCUGCCGUCUGAUCCAAGCAGCCCCAUCGACAGUCCGUCCAGGUCCCAGACGAGUUCUCCUCUGCCAGUGUUCACCAAUGGAACAGGGUCUGACUCGGGUGGCCCGGAGGUGGAGCCCAAGACUCACACCAUCCCGGGUCUGUCUUUCCUCACUCACCACAUGUCUGGCCUGAGUCUGGGCCGGAGGUCCAGAACUUUCUCCAAAACUCGCUCAGUGGGUGAGGACCAUGCAGCGGCCUGCAGUUCCUCCCCUCAGGAGCGUCCGGGUCAUGUGGACGAGAGUCAGCGCGGAGAAACAAAGGACUCUGACGACAGAAGUUCCAACCAGGAUUCUUCAGAUCAGGUCCACGAGAUUCAGCGCAGCAAAACAAGGAACAGUUUCAAUUCAGACGAUUCUAAUGUAAACAAGCCGGUUCUCAGGAAGUUCCAGGACACGUUCCUGCGUAGUCUGGUCGCCACGGAGCAACAGAAGCGGCGGGGUAAGCAGUCACGCCUGCAAUCCUCUGACUCGCCGGCUGGGAGCGACUCCCCGCCUCCUGCUGGUGAAGAGCAGUCCCGCUGGAGCCGCUUGUCCGAGCGCUUGUCCAACUUCAGAGCACACUCAGUGGAGUCUGCCGGCUGCAGCGAAAGCAGUGCCUCGCGCAAGGCGGAACUAGAGGGUCUGGAAGGCUCCGCCCAGGCAGCACUGGCCCGGCUGGCAGAGGAACAGCAGCAGAACCGAUUCCAGCGUCAACAAAGCAAGGAUGUGGACGCGGCCCUCCGACGGAUGGACUCCACCCCCCUCGCACCGUUGGGUGACGUCUGGGACCAGCCUCCUCCUGCGGCUGCCAACUUGCGGAUCAAAGACCUGGACUUUUCCGACCUGCUGGAUGAGGAGGAUGUAGAUGUGCUGGACAUGGACACCUUUGACUCGGCCCCUUCCCUCUCCUCUGGCGUGCCCCCUCCUCCCCCUUUUCCUGGUGGCCAUGUACCCCCUCCUCCUCCACUUCCCCCAGGUAUGGCCCCUCCGCCUCCUCCUCUUCCUCCAGGUAUGGCCCCUCCACCUCCUCCUCUUCCUCCAGGUAUGGCCCCUCCACCCCCUCCUCUUCCUCCAGGUAUGGCCCCUCCACCUCCUCCUCUUCCUCCAGGUAUGGUCCCUCCACCCCCUCCUUUACCCCUGGGCAUGGCUCCUCCCCCUCCGCUGCCACCUCCUCUCCCGCCAGGUAUGGUCCCUCCGCCUCCCCCACUGCCUUCAGCCUUGAGUGCUGCCCCUCCACUGGCCCCACCCAAGCAGAAAAAGAAGACAGCCAAAUUGUUCUGGAAGGAGUUGAGGGGUCAAGACGGUCUAAAGAAGCGUCACUUUGGCGAGACGGUGUGGGCGGGGCUUGACAAGGUGGACGUGGACUGUGCCUGGCUGGAGCACCUGUUUGAGGUCAAGACUAAAGAUCUUCCUGCAACAAAGAAAGCAGCUGAGACCAAGAAGUCCGAGCUCCUGGUCCUGGACUCAAAGAGAAGCAACGCCAUCAACAUCGGCAUGACCGUCCUGCCGCCCGUCCACGUCAUCAAGACCGCCAUCCUCAGCUUCGAUGAGUUCGCCAUGAGCAAAGAGGAAAUCGAGAAAGUUCUGACCAUGACUCCGACUGAAGAGGAGAAGCAGAAGAUCCAUGAGGCCCAGCUUGCCAACCCUGAACUACCCCUGGGCCCGGCCGAGCAAUUCCUGUUCACCCUGGCCUCCAUCAGUGCCUUGGCCCCCCGCCUGCAGCUCUGGUCCUUCAAACUGAACUAUGAGGCUCUGGAGAAGGAGAUUGCUGAGCCUCUGUUCGACCUGAAGUUGGGGAUGGACCAGCUGGCAGCCAAUCAGACGUUCCAGAGGGUUCUGGCCACGCUGCUCGCCAUCGGGAACUUCCUCAACAGCUCCAACGCACGGGGCUUCGAGCUCUCCUACCUUCAGAAGGUGGGGGAAGUGAAGGACACACUCCACCGUCAGUCUCUCCUCCAUCACACCUGCAGCCUGGUGACCGAAGAUUACCCAGAAUCCUCGGACAUCUACUCUGAGAUCCCGGCGUUCACCCGCUCUGCCAAGGUGGACUUUGAGCUGCUGGCCGAGAACCUGGCCCAGCUGGAGCGCCGCUGCAAGGCAUCUUGUGACAACCUGAAGGUGGUCUUGGGGCAUGAGAGCAGGAGUGGCCUGAAGAACAAGAUGGUGGAGUUUCUGAAGGAGACCACCCAGAAGAUCCAGGUCCUGAAGGUGGUCCACCGCCGUGUCAUCAACAGGUUCCACUGCUUCUUGCUGUUCCUGGGUCAGCCGUCAUCAUCCGUGCGAGACGUCAACAUCACCAGUUUCUGUCGCAUCAUCAGCGAGUUUGCUCUGGACUACCGGACCACCCGAGACCGAGUCCUCACGCUGCGGCGGAAACGUGCGGCCAAACGCGAGCGGACCAAGACCCGCGGCAAGAUGAUCACAGAGACGGAGAAGUUCUCGGGUGCGGUGUCUCCCCUGGACGCCCCCUCGCCCGUCUCCCUGGCAGCAGAGGAAGAGCCUGGUCAGGAGGAGGAGCACGAGAACAUGAGGAACAUGCUGACCAGCCAAAGCCCCCGCGUCCCCAGGCGCUCUAGAGCCAUCCGCAGUCUGGGCCGGGUCAGUCCAUCCCAGAUGGCUGUUUCCAAAGAAGACCCGGCCAGCUCGCCUCAGGACGACGCCACCGACGAGAUCAUGGACCGGCUGGUGAAGUCAGUGACCCAGAACCUGUCAGCUCGACCGUCCAGUCCCAGGAGUCGGAGGAGGUCCCGUCUGAACAGGAAGUCUUUGAGGCGGACUCUGAAGUCGGGUCUGACUCUGGACGUGGUCCAGGCUCUUGGGCUCCAGAACAACAAAGCCGAGGAUGAAAACUUUUGAGUAAAUUAAUUUAAUGAAUGUCACAAAAAUGAAUGUUGCAGUUUUAAAUAAACUUAUGAAUGCUGUUUUAAAAUAAAAGAUUUGGAAUUCAGACCUAAUGAUUGGAGUUUCCUUUCCAAAAUG